UUAUACCUAAGAAGAAGAAGAAGAUUGGCUGUGACGUUGAACGCAUCUCUCCAUUCCAUCCGGGAUAGUUUUCUGGGAUGCGGUUGACGGCUGCGGUAAUGGCUGACUGGGUGGAAGUACUGGAUUAAAUGGUUCUGAUGCUGGCCGGUCUGAUAUUGUGAACUCAGACUUGUACAGUACUUGAAGGACAUAGACACAAGGCCAGUUUGUCUGAGAAUUCUCACGAUGUCUAAGACCAGAGAGUCGGUGAAGGUGGUGGUUCGCUGUCGACCCAUGAAUGAGAAGGAGCGGGCAGCUAACUUUGAGAGGGUGGUGCAGGUGGAUGUGAAGCUGGGCCAGGUGGCUGUACGAAACCCCCGGGGGGCUGCAGCCCAUGAACACCCCAAGGUCUUUACAUUUGACUCUGUGUACGACUGGAACUCCAAACAGGUGGAUCUCUAUGAUGAAACCUUCAGGCCCCUGGUAGACUCCGUUUUGCUUGGUUUCAAUGGGACCAUAUUUGCAUACGGCCAGACGGGUACAGGAAAGACCUACACUAUGGAGGGGGUGCGCAAUGACCCAGAGAGAAGGGGUGUAAUCCCCAAUUCCUUUGAGCACGUCUUCACACACAUCUCCCGCUCCCAGAACCAACAGUACCUGGUGAGGGCCUCGUACCUGGAGAUCUACCAGGAGGAGAUCAGGGACCUGCUGUCCAAGGACCAGUCCCGCCGGCUGGAGCUGAAAGAGAGGCCAGACACCGGUGUAUACGUCAAGGACCUGUCCUCCUUCGUCACUAAGAGUGUACGAGAAAUAGAGCACGUGAUGAACGUGGGGAACCAGAACCGCUCGGUGGGCUCCACCAAUAUGAACGAGCACAGCUCCAGAUCACAUGCCAUAUUUCUUAUUACCGUCGAGUGCAGCGAGCUGGGCGUCGACGGAGAGAACCACAUUCGAGUGGGCAAACUGAACCUGGUGGACCUGGCUGGCAGUGAGAGGCAGACUAAGACAGGAGCCCAAGGAGAGCGCCUGAAGGAAGCCACCAAGAUUAACCUGUCCCUGUCAGCCUUGGGGAAUGUCAUCUCUGCCCUGGUGGAUGGCAGGAGCACCCACAUCCCCUACCGCGACUCCAAGCUCACCCGCCUGCUACAGGACUCCCUGGGGGGCAAUGCCCGCACAGUCAUGGUGGCUAACAUCGGACCAGCAUCUUACAACGUGGAGGAGACACUGACCACGUUACGCUACUCAAACCGGGCCAAGAACAUCAAGAACAAGCCCCGUGUCAACGAGGACCCUAAAGAUGCUCUGCUCAGGGAGUUCCAGGAAGAGAUUGCUCGACUCAAAGAACAGUUGGAGAAACGCUCAGGGAAGAAGAAGAGGAAGAGGAGGAGGAUGAAGGGGGUUGGAGAAGCUGGGGAUGAACUCGAAGAGGACACUGAGGAUGGAGAGACGACAGAGGAGGAGGAGGAGGAUGAUGGUGUAGAACCAGCUGAUAAAGUGGGUGCAGAUUAUUGGCGUGUACAGCAGGAGAAGUUGGAGAGGGAGAGGAAGGCCAUCAUGGAGGAUCACAGCCUGGUGGCGGAGGAGAAACAGAGGCUGUUGAAGGAGAAGGAGAGGAAGAUGGACGCCCUGAAGAAGGAGCAGGAGGCAGGCGAGAUGCUGACUGCCAAAGUCAAGGCAAUGGAGAGUAAGCUUCUGAUGGGCGGGAAGAACAUAGUGGACCACACCAACGAACAACAAAGGAUCCUGGAACAGAAGAGACAGGAAAUCGCUGAGCAGAAACGCAGAGAGAGGGAGAUGAAACAGCAGGUGGAGAAUCGUGACGAGGAGACCCUGGAGUUGAAGGAGACAUACAGCUCUCUACAACAGGAAGUAGACAUCAAGACCAAGAAGCUGAAAAAGCUGUUUGCGAAGCUGCAGGCAGUGAAAACAGAGAUCCAUGACGUCCAGGAGCUGCACAGUAAGGAGAGACAGGAGCUGGAGCAGACCCAGAACGAGUUGACCAGGGAGCUCAAACUCAAGCAUCUCAUCAUUGAGAACUUCAUCCCCAUGGAGGAGAAGAAUAAGAUUGUGAACAGGGCGUUCUUUGACGAGGAGGACGACCACUGGAAGAUGCGUCCCAUCACACGCAUAGAGGAUGACCAGCGGAUGAUGACCAGGCCAGUGUCAGCGGUGGGCUACAGAAGACCCCUGAGUCAGCACGCCCGUACCUCCAUGGUGAUGAAGGCUGACGUCAGAUACAAGGCUGAGAAUAUCCUGAUGCUGGAGAUGGACCUUCCCACUCGGACCACUAAGGAGUACGAGGAGCCGGUCAUAGCGCCCAUGGUAGCAGCGGCGUUGGAGGAUGCUCUGCGGGAAGAAGAUGAGAUUCAGGUGGACGCCUCCGGGUUCCACAGCAGCCUCGGACCCACCCAGACCACCAGCACUGGGGCCGGAAGGAAAUCAAAGUCUGGCCGACCUAAAACGGGUAAGAAGACUGUCACCCCCACGUCUCCAUACAGCCCCUCCAGCCCAGGACAUCCUUUAUACCCACAAUCCCGUGGGCUGGUGCCCAAGUGAUCACCCCACACCUUUCUGUUUUGGGACCCCAAAGACAGCUUU